ACACUAUUUCAAUUCAAACUCCACCUUGUUCCAGAACCCCCCAUCUCUCUUCUAGGGUUUCUUUUUUACUCUCGAUCUUCCUUCUACUUUAAACUCCCACCCGUUAGAUUUUAAACCUACCAAUGGCAGCGCCGGCCGUCUCUCAACCUCGCUCCAUAUCUUCCAAAACCGAGUCCUAUGUUGACAACAAGCGCAAAGAAGACAUCCGUCAGGCCAACAUCUUGGCAGCUCGCGCUGUGGCUGACGCCGUUCGUACCAGUCUCGGGCCCAAGGGUAUGGACAAGAUGAUCUCCACUGCCAGCGGCGAGGUCAUCAUCACAAAUGACGGUGCAACGAUCCUGAACAAAAUGGAAGUCCUUCAGCCAGCCGCCAAGAUGCUCGUCGAGCUCUCCAAGUCUCAGGAUGCCGCUGCCGGUGACGGCACCACCACUGUCGUUGUCAUCGCUGGCGCAUUUUUGAAACAGUGCUUCACUCUGUUGUCUAACGGAAUUCAUCCGACAGUUAUUUCGGACUCUCUUCACAAGGCUGCAAUUAAAGCCGUUGAUGUAUUAACGGCGAUGGCUGUUCCAGUAGAAUUAACUGACCGUGAGAGUUUGAUUAAAUCGGCGAGUACUUCGUUAAAUAGUAAGGUUGUGAGUCAGUACUCUACGUUGCUAGCGCCAUUAGCUGUUGACGCUGUUUUGACGGUGGUGGAUCCCGCCAAACCAGAUUUAGUUGAUUUGAGAGAUAUUAAGAUAGUGAAGAAAUUAGGAGGGACAGUUGAUGAUACUGAGAUGGUCAAAGGUUUAGUUUUUGAUAAGAAAGUGAGUCAUGCGGCAGGCGGACCCACGCGUGUCGAGAACGCAAAAAUUGCGGUGAUUCAGUUUCAGAUUUCGCCGCCGAAGACUGACAUUGAGCAGAGCAUUGUGGUUUCCGAUUAUACGCAGAUGGAUAGGAUUUUGAAGGAGGAGAGGAAUUAUAUAUUGGGAAUGAUUAAGAAGAUCAAAGCCACUGGGUGUAAUGUGUUGUUGAUUCAAAAGAGUAUUUUGAGAGAUGCUGUGACAGAUUUAUCAUUGCAUUAUCUGGCGAAAUCCAAGAUCUUGGUGGUUAAAGAUGUAGAGAGGGAUGAGAUUGAGUUUAUCACUAAGACUUUGAAUUGCUUGCCCAUUGCUAAUAUUGAUCAUUUCCGUGCUGAGAAGUUAGGGUAUGCAGAUUUGGUGGAGGAGGUGUCGCUAGGAGAUGGGAAAAUUGUGAAGAUUACUGGGAUUAAGGAUAUGGGUAGGACUACGACUGUACUUGUUCGUGGGUCGAAUCAGUUAGUGAUCGAUGAGGCUGAGAGGAGUUUGCACGAUGCUUUGUGUGUAGUUAGGUGUUUGGUGAAUAAAAGGUUUUUGAUUGCAGGUGGUGGUGCACCAGAGAUUGAACUUUCGAGGCAGCUAGGUGCGUGGGCAAAGGUAUUGCAUGGAAUGGAAGGGUAUUGUGUGAGGUCAUUUGCAGAGGCACUUGAAGUUAUUCCCUACACUUUGGCUGAGAAUGCGGGGUUGAAUCCAAUUGCCAUUGUGACUGAGUUGAGGAACAGGCAUGCGCAGGGGGAGAUCAAUGCUGGUAUCAAUGUGAGGAAGGGGCAGAUUACAAAUAUUUUGGAGGAGAAUGUGGUGCAGCCGCUGCUUGUGAGCACUAGUGCAAUUACACUGGCAACAGAGUGUGUUCGGAUGAUUUUGAAGAUUGAUGACAUUGUUACAGUGCGAUAGUUUGAAUCCAAAUACGGAAAUUUGAUUUGGUGUUUAUGUUUUGGGCUUGUGUGCUAUCUAUAUUAGUAAGUCAUCUGUUUUAGGGUUGCCUGUGGUGUAAUAUCUUUUAGGAUUGAUUGUGGUGAAGAAUUUUGACUGCCUUUGUCACCAAAUCUUUGGUUUAAAUUUGGAUUUUAUGUUCUCUUCA